CAUCCCUCCAGGACCCGGCCUUCCCAGAGUGGUUCCCAGGGGAGCCUGGAGGUGCCCUUCGGAGCUGCCAAGGGGAGGAGGAGGAAGAGGAGGGAAGGCUUUGACCUCAGAUGACCUCAGAAAGGGGGCUUCUCCCAGGUCCAGUUUUCAUCCCACCCCGUGAGAAUGCAUGGCAGUUGGUUCAGCUGUGUUCCUGGACAUUAUUGGAUACCUCAAAACUCCUUGGGGUGCGUCUCCGCUUUGGUGAACAUUGGUGAGCUUCCCUUCCAAGGCAGGUGGACCUGCCAGGUUAACAGCAGCAGCGGCCACUCCUGAUCUCCAGGUUGACCAUGAUAACUUCAUCCUUGGCUGCCCUUUGGCAGGAGAAGACCAAGAACUAGUGCAAAGAACCGGUCCUUUACCUGCACCAACUCUGCAACCUUCUCCUUUCGAAUCAAUGCAUGGACAGGAGUAGCCAAGCUGGGUUGACUUAUUGAGAGAACGGCACUGAGGGCCCAACCGUGGCACCAGAUUCGUGGCAUCAGACCCGUGGCCUCUUAGACGGCAGGUUCCUCGUCUCUCCUCAGAAGGGUGUUUUCCAAGUGGGGACAGGCUGUUCCUUUGCUCGUUUUCUCCACCGGGACCCCGUGAAAAUCCGUAAUGACGCUGACAUGGCCAAGCUCUUGCUGAAAUUCCAAAGGUACUUUCGGCGGAAACCCAUCCGUUUCUUCACCUUGAUCGCGCUCUACCUGACGGCUGGCAGUUUGGUCUUCCUCCAUGCUGGCUUCAGCGGGGAGACGAGGGUCCCAGGGGCUGCCCCCCGGCCCAGCAAUGGUGCUGCAGAAGGGACCGAAGCUCAGUUGCUGGGGGCGCUGCCACUUGGCCGGGAAUUUAGAGCCAUGCCGGAGUCUCUGGUCUUGGCCCGGAGGUACGGGACUUGGUUCAAGAACCCUCCGAAGGACGCAGCUGGGAGGAGCAGAGGUGAUUAUGGGGAGACGUGGACUCGAGCGCUCAAGGGGAGGAGUGGUCAUGAGAAGGAGGAAGAUAGAGCAAAAUACAUCGGCUGUUAUGUCGACAACACCCACCAGAGAGCCCUCCGCGGAGUGUCCUUCUUUGACUACAAAAAAAUGACAUUGUUCCGUUGCCAGGACAACUGCGCCGAACGGGGCUACCUCUAUGCGGGGCUGGAGUUCGGGGCAGAGUGCUACUGUGGGCACAAGAUCAUGGCCGCGAACGUGAGCGACGCUGAGUGCAACAUGGAGUGCAAAGGAGAAAAGAGCAGCUUUUGUGGGGGACCAAACCGGCUGUCCAUCUACCGCCUGGAGCUGGCCCAGGAAUCCACCAGGAGGUAUGGCAGUGCCAUCUUCCGUGGCUGCUUCCGCCGGCCAGAGAACCUCUCCUUGGCUUUGUUGGCAAGCAGGCCUAUGAGGAACAUGUCUGUGGACCGAUGCGUUGACCUCUGCACAGGAAAGGAAUACCCCCUGGCAGCUCUGGCUGGCACCUUCUGCCACUGCGGUUUCCCCACCACUCUUUUCUCCUUGCAUGAACGAGAAGGAGAGCAUCUUUGCGCCCAGAGAUGCAACGGGGAGGAAUUUGAAAGCUGCGGCACGUCCGACUAUUUCAUUGUAUACCAGACCCAAGUGCAAGAUAAUCGAUGUAUGGAUCGGAGAUUUCUCACGGCUCGAGCAAAACAAUUGGUCGCCCUCGCCAGCUUUCCCGGAGCGGGCAACACGUGGGCACGGCAUCUGAUUGAACUGGCCACGGGUUUCUAUACGGGGAGUUAUUAUUUUGAUGGCUCUCUUUAUAAUAAAGGGUUCAAAGGCGAACGGGAUCACUGGCGCAGCGGUCGGACGAUAUGCAUCAAAACCCACGAGAGUGGGCAGAAAGAGAUCGAGGCCUUUGAUGCGGCCAUCCUCCUGGUUCGCAACCCCUUCAAAGCGCUGAUGGCGGAGUUCAACCGGAAGUAUGGGGGUCACAUCGGCUUUGCUUCUCAUGCCCACUGGAAGGGCAAGGAAUGGCCGGAGUUCGUCAAGAACUAUGCUCCGUGGUGGGUGACGCACACCCUCGACUGGUUGAAAUUUGGCAAGAAGGUCUUGGUGGUCCAUUUUGAGGACCUCAAGCAGGAUCUCUUCGUCCAGCUCAAGAGGAUGGUCAGCCUGCUGGGCAUCACAGUUCACGAGGACCGCUUGCUGUGCGUCGAGGGACAGAAGGAUGGAAACUUCAAGCGAUCGGGGCUGAGGAAACUGGAGUACGACCCUUACACCCCAGAGAUGAAGAAAAUGAUCAACGGAUACAUCAAAACGGUGGACAUGGCUCUGAAACUCAGGAAUCUCACCGGCGUCCCCAAAGACUACUAUCCCAGAUGAUGGACAGUUGUUUGAGGCCAAGGAACUGUUCUCCUUUGGAGGCUCAAAUUUGCUUCCUCCUGGCCAGGAACCGUUUCCACCCAGUGGGUGGGUGGUGUAGGAGGAUUCACUUUUACAGAACUCUUUUGCAUGAGCAAAGAUGGCGAUAUUCAUGGCUGACCGAAGAUGUUUUGGCCAACCGGUCUCCAGAAAAUGAGGUCCAUCGGUGGGAGAUCUCUGCUGCUGCUAUUGCUGCUUCUGCUGCUGCUGCUCCCCCCGUCCCCAGAAGUUUUGUGUUCCUUCCUGCCCAAGUAAGAUCACUCUGCUCUUCCUUAGCUGGUUGCCUUCUUGAACCCAGUUCAAAACAAGCAAUUUGGUUAAAAAUCCCACCGUGUGGUCACCUUCCUUGGUUCUGCUGACCCAAGAAGAAUCCUCUGUUUUGGAAUCCUGGACAUUUAGAAUCCUGGUUUACUCUCAAAGGCUGGUCAGGAUGGAUCAACCGAUCGAGGCUGAGCUUUGUGCUAGCAAUAUAGUUUCCGCAUCUUCCUUCUUGGGGCAGCCUCAGAGCUGCUGGACUCCAUCUGAACAAUCCUCAGGUUAAACGCUGCCCAUUAAACCAACGUUUUGUUAAUAUCUCCACAGCCGUUGCUGUGGGUCUUUUGUGGCAUUUGGCGUCCAUGUUUGGGAGGAUGGCACUAUUUGGGGUAUAAGUUGGUGGAUCUAUUCACAGAUACAACUAAACAUCUGCCUCUCCCUAAUCUGUAUUCAUCAUCCAGUUAUAUCUCUAUCUCCUGCUGAGCUUC